AAGCAAACUGAGGAUGUAUGAGUUUUUUUACGACUUUUUGUUGAAAGAGUUUCCAGAGGAGAGUGUUAAUUUGUUGUACUCUGACACCGAUUCGUUCUUGUUUCAAAUAAACAACGUUCCGAAUGUCAAUGAAGUUAUGUGGAGAAACAGACGACUGUUCGAUUUUUCGUCAUUACCUGAUGGGCACAACCUUAAAGAUGAUAGAAACAAAAAGGUACCAGGUAAAAUGAAACUACAACUAGGAAGCAGCGUGUUAGUGGAAAGUGUGGUUUUGUCCUCCAAGACAUACUCAGUACUCACAGAUAAUGGUGAAAAAACUCAUGCAAAGGGUGUACAUGUUAAAUUAAAUCAUGACAGAUAUAAAGAAUGUCUCGAGUCCGAAAUGUCAUACCAAAAAAACAUAAAAUCAGUUAAACACUAUGACCAAAACAUGUAUCAUGUAUCAACAAAAAGAACACUUCUAUCACCUGUAGAAACCAAACGCUAUUAUGUGGAUGCAAAUCAGUCCUAUAGCUUUGGACACUAUUUCAUUGAUUUGUUGAAAAUCUUAGAUGAAGAAAUGUUCUAGGUAAUGAAAGAUUUGAUUUGAAAUGCACAUAAUUACAACUAUGUUACAUUUCCCUUGUUUAAUAAAUGUCAAGCAAAUAUAAAUUUACUUUUUCACCGGAAGUCAUUUUCACAUUAUAUAUUUUAAAACGCCUAGAAAAACAAGGCUAGCUUACUAAAUGUAGGUGUAUUAUAAACGGGCCGUUAUAAACACAUGACGUAGGCCUUUAUAAAAAAUCAAUAUGUCCGCUGUAUUUAUUAAUUUAUUACAGCUACUGUUUGAUUAUAUUUUAUUUAUUGUUGUUAUUGUUGAUAUUGUCGUUGUUCUUUUUAUAGUAGAUGUGAUAAUUGUAGAUAAAACUGGAUAAUGUAUUUUUCACUCAGGCUUUAUUAUGUUUUGAUCAGAUGUCAGAAUACUUUGUUUGACAGGGGGUAUGUUUCUUAAUCAGGUUUUGUUAUGUACAAAUUUGAUGACAGAAGUAUUGUUGUAUUAUCAAGCUGUAUAGUGUUUAAUUUUCACAAUGUUAUAUGUAGCGACAUAAAUAAAGAUAUCUGUAUUUUACGGCAAUGCGUUGUUUUUUGACAGUAUCUUAAACAUAGAUUAAAAAACAACCUUUUUGUUAAAAAAGUCAGGUAUAUAAAGCCCGGGUAAAAAAAAGGACAAAUUAUUCGUCAACAGAUAUAAUUAUAAUGGAUUCAAAUAACUUCAACCAAAUAUUAGCAGAGAGAGGACAGUUAAAAGUUUAUAAUUUCGAUUGUAAUAGGACUGUUUGUUUACAAAGAGUUGGAUCGGAGAUUCAAGUUGAACUGAUAAAAGGUAAUGACGUUGCUGCAACGGCAAGAAUUCGUCUGCGCGAUACGACAAUAAGGUUUAUUGAUUUCUCUUUGCCGGCACAUAUGCAGGUUAUACAAACAAUGCAUAUUGACAACUUUGUUUUCCAGUUCGGAGAAGCUGGAGUUUUAGUGCGAAAAGCAGCUCGAGGGUAUAUUUUUAAAAAUGAUUUCAGCAAAAGAUCAUUGCAAUUCCGGCAAUUCAGCCCUAUUCCAUUGUCAAAUGUUAUGGAGGAUCUUGUUAGCAUUGAAAGGGGAAUUCAAAUAUACGAACCAAUGGACAUAGACGAAACGGACACGUAUCUUGAAAAUUUGAAUUUUCAUGUUCUCAGUAUGAUAUUAAAUUUCAUGUCGGUCGCUGACAUCAUGAACCUGACGCGAACUUCAAAAACUAUGUAUGAUAGAAUAGAAACUGUUGCAUUUUGGAAAUCAAGAAUCUUGAAAGAUUUCGGGAGUUGCUCUAUACUAUCUAAUAAUAAUCCGAAUAGGGAUUGCAAGAUUAUGAAAAGUUCAUACUCGUGUUUAUACGGUAUGGUCGGGAAAAAAUAAAAAAUAUUUUCUGUUAAGAAUGGCCUGUAUAAAGUUUUGUUGUUGUUCUUGUUGUUUUUAAUUUAUAACUUUCGGCAUGAUCUGAUACUAAAGAAAUUUUGAAACAUUGUUAAUGUAGACUACCAAUUAUCGCUUUAUUUAUCGGAUAAUGUCAUAUUUGUUACAAAAAAAGCUUUUUUCCCCAUAUUUUCAAAUUAAUUUUAAAUAAAUCAUAUGUAAUCAACAAUUUAUCUUUUAAGUUUUUCAACGCAGAAUAUCAAAGAAGUAGGCCCCUUCUUUUCUUACGGUAUCACGUGAUUAUGGAUGUUUAUUUUCAUCACUAUAGAAUUAUGUAGUUUAUUCUUAUUUCCAUCCCUCUUUAAAAUAUAAUUUAGAAUUAACAUUAUUUUAAAAGUGAAUUCUUACACAUCACCGUUUUUUUUUGUUUUUUUUUUUAAUAUUAACAUUGAGAUCACGGUCACGUGACAAUGCUCCCCAACCGCCCCACCGAAGAUCAGACACGUGUCGACGGAACCUCGCUAAGGAUCAAAGGCAAAUGCCGCUUCUUUUGUCGGUGUCACGUGACCUUUAUAAUUGUCUGCUAUUGUUUUUGGUCGUAUACUCAUUUUUAAGUGUCCAGUUGUCAAGAAUGGUUCUCUUAAUGAUCUUAAUCUCGUUUCUUGUAACGAUAAAUUAUGUGAAUGGAGAUAGCUAUGUCAAAUGUGUUUGUCACGAGAAGGAAAAAGUGUUGGAGUGCGGGAAUUCUAAUGAAAGGGGUGGAGUAGUAUUAUUGGUAGAGUGCAGAGGUGCAGAGACAUUGUUGGCGAGGGGUUAUGUCACAGGAUUUGAGAAUCAGGCUGUUGUGGAGGGAUUUCUUGAUCAGGUCAUAAUCGAAUCAACACCCCUAAGCUGUGAGGCAUUGUUUGACCAGAUAAGGACCCUGCGUGCCAAUUUAAACAGAAUGGACUGUCCCGACCAAGGACCUGUCUUAAAGACAUCAAAGCCACGACCUCCAGCAUUUCCUGCUCAUGAUGACAACGAUGAUGAUGAUGAUGAUGACAAUGAUCGCCAUGAUGACGACGACGAUGAUGAUAGCGACGAUGACAAUGAUGAUUAUGAUGAAUAUGGAAGUGAUGAAUUAAGAAACACGUCUGCUGUCACAACAACUACCACAACAACUAGUACGACAACAUCUGCUUUCCUGAUAUUUGAAAUCAAAAGAGAAGUCACAAUAUACAAGAUACUACUAAUUCUUAGCUUUUCCAUUGUGAGUAUUGGCGGAGUGUGGACCAUAGUUAUAAUGAUUCGAUCUUGUCGAGCGAGGAGGAGGAAUCAGCCAAUACAGUGCGAUACGAUUACUUCGACAACGGCGGAGACAACUUUUGUUCUGCGGGAGGCGCCACCUCGAUCUCCAAGACGACGUAAGGGAGGUUCCUUUGACACCACUUCCGUGACACUGUUCGCUGUUGAUGAAUUUUAGAAUCAUCAUACACUAUCUAUACACAUUACAUUGACUAGCGCCUGUAUUUAUGUUAAUAUCUCAACAGAUUAGUUUUUGUAUUCCGUUUUUUUGUUGUUUUACAAUUAUAUCAAAAUGGAUAAUUAUAUUGUGUACUAUUAAAAGAAACAAAUUAUACAAACUAAUACAAAUUUAAUAAUCGCAAUUUUGGCAAAUUUUGCAAUCAUGACUUAGUAUUUGUUAAUGAAAAUGAAAGAUAAAUCAAGUAUUUCAACCACACUCCUAUAUUAUUAACCAUGGUGAUAGAAAAGAGAAACACAUGCCAUUUGAUAAGAGAUAUAUUUAAUAAUUAAUGAAUAGAUACUGACUUUUUGAAUAUACAUUCAUUUUUUUUCACAUUGAUUUUUUAUAUAAAAUAUUUAUUGUUAUUCAUAAAUACUGCCGAAUUGAAGUUUUGUAAUAAUAAUAAUAAUUUUCUAAAAAUACUAUUCAAUCGCGAGUGUUGAUUACAAAUAUUUAAAUAAAUCUAUUAAUUCCGUAUUUUAACAGUAUGAUAAAAAAGUUAAGGUCUAUAAAUAUCGUUCUUUGUUCUGUAAAUAUCGUUCUAUGUGCUGUAAAUAUCGUUCUUGUUUUGUAAAUGUUGCGUUGUUAUGAAUAAUAUUAAAUUUAGAAACUAUA